AUGGAAGCACAUUGGAACGCGGCACUACAAACGCUCGAGGGCCAUACUGAAUCGGUCAACUCAGUGGCCUUCUCACCUGACGGCAGGCAGGUCGUCUCUGGCUCAGACGACAAGACGGUGCGGCUUUGGGACGCCGCCACAGGAUCCCUCCAGCACACGCUCGAGGGCCAUAUUGACUCGGUCAACUCAGUGGCCUUCUCAUCUGACGGCAGGCAGGUCGUCUCUGGCUCAGACGACGAAACGGUGCGGCUCUGGGACGCCGCCACAGGAUCCCUACAGCAGACGCUCGAGGACCAUACUGACUCGGUCAACUCAGUGGCCUUCUCACCUGACGGCAAGCAGGUCGUCUCUGGCUCAGACGACAAGACGGUACGGCUCUGGGACGCCGCCACAGGAGCCCUCCAGCAGACGCUCGAGGGCCAUACUGACUCGGUCUACUCAGUGGCCUUCUCACCUGACGGCAAGCAGGUCGUCUCUGGCUCAGGCGACCAGACGGUGCGGCUCUGGGACGCCGCCACAGGAACCCUCCAGCAGACGCUCGAGGGCCAUACUGAAUCGGUCUCCUCAGUGGCCUGCUCACCUGACGGCAAGCUAAAAACUUUACGAGCAUCAGAUGGCUGGGUACUAGAAGGGAUGUCAAAGAUUCUCUGGCUAACUUCUGAUUUUCAAUCACCCAGUUGUCAGGCUACGUGGAACGAAAGCUUUGCCUUAGGGUAUUCAUCUGGGAGAGUUUUAAUCUUUAGUUUCGCACUUGGAGCAAAGUUAAUAAUAUAGAAUUAGUACAGUAUAAAGCAGCUGACAUUGUCUUUUAGUUCUAAUAUCCCAUGGACCGCCAUCGCUUGCCACUUUUAGCGCGAGAAUGUCGAGGGGGUGCAUCAAACGCAAUACUUAGUGUUAACGAAAACAAAUUACAUGCCCGAGCACAGCUGGUUCGAAAUAUACAUCUUACUUCUUGAUAUUAAGCAACCCUUAUCUUGGAAAGUAGUUGUGCUGCUUCUUAAACGGUAUCUCUUCUAAGCGAGUAUCAAACGACGCUAAAAGUGGCUUCUGGCGGUUCAUGGGAUAACGUCCAUCCCUGUGUGCCGGAAAACCCUCCGUGCCGGAAAAACUAACAGGUACUUUGACUUUAAGCAUCAAAAAGUCUAUAAGUUACUCCGUGGCUACUCUUAAACCCCUUAAACCAUUCCCAUUAAAUAAUUACGUUCGUGUCGUCGCCCUCGCGCCUGAUCUGCAGGCAGCCUCC